AUGUCAACAUCCACGCCUACUCCAUCAUCAUCAAUCUCAAAUCGUAACCACCCACAACAACAAACACGAUAUCAUCCUUAUUCGCUUAACUCCAAUCUACUCGCCUAUCGCCGUACAGGUCCACCAUCAAUAGCUUCCACUGCGAUUACCUCAUAUGCUCCUUCGAUAGCUUCAACAACCACUAUCGUUCCGUCUUUGACCAUUCAAAGACAAAAUAAUCUGAGGAUCAAGGUCAACACUAGUGUCGCACCUAGCUCACAUAUCUGGGAUGAAUUCUACAAGGAACAUGGUAGACCUCUGCCCAUCAACGAAGGUGAAGAUGGUUUGCUGGCGGAGAAUGCAACGGAGGAACAAGAAUGUACAACACCCCGUCAACCCCCUUCAUCAUCCGAACCGUUACCACUACCACCUACAUCACCACCUCAAUACAGUUUCAACGAAGACACAACGAUAUCAGAGUUAUUAUCGAUGUUCGAAUUACCCUCCGAGACUCAAAAUCCAAUUAACGGCAUCAACGGUACAUCAAGCCACCACCUGUCAGCUACGGCAACCACGAUGGCCAUGGGUGACUACCCUGGUGCUGAAUUCCUUAAUUUACCUGAUACAGCUUCGACUUUGGAUGCUCAGUUCCCCAACUUAGAUGAGUUCGAUUUCACCCACUUCAACUUUGGUAAUCCCGUUAUAUCAAGCAUGACCACUGCCCGAUAUGCUGAGAAAGGUUCACAGAAUGGUCAUUUAGAAGAUGUUGCCACUUCACCGGUGUCAAAGGAUAACGAAGGGGCUCAAGAUAUUCUUGAAAUAGGUUUGAAUAGCUCAAACUCAAUCACGGAGCUGUCACCUUCCAAUAGAGAUACGUCAGUCGCUAUAAAUCACCCUUCAUCAGUUCAAACGGGUGAUAGUAGUGGUCAGCAUACUUCUAUUCAACCUUCUCACUUCUCCAUCAAAAAUCAAGCCACGACUUUGUCUGUCUCUGUACCCCUUCAAACAGACAUUUUAUCUUCUAUUGUCGGUCAGCUAUCACCUAUACCCAAUGAAGAGAACAAUAAGAACAAAUCACUCUUACAUCUUUCGAAUAAAUGUACCCCUUUCAUCAUCGAUUCUUCCUGUCCCUCUUCUUCUUCCUCUUCCACGACUAAUCACACUUACCCGCACCUGAAAAGAAUGAGGAUGAAAGCUCUGUCGACUGAUAAAGAUCUGAUUCGAUUCCAGAAAGAAAUUUUAAAUGUAGCGGCAAAGUUUUACACGGAUUUAGCAGAUGUUUUCGAAAAUACUCCGAGUGAUAUCAUUAAACUUGGCAUGUCACGUACGGGUGUUUUGGUCGAGGAUGAUACCAUCUCGGACGUAUUGGAAGAUAUCAAAUCGUUAUGUGGCAGAUUGAUUGCCAAAGCAUCCGAUAUUCCUGGUUAUCCAGCUGAUGAGGAGGAUAUUAACAUGAGUGGCGAAGAGAUUCAAGAAGAAAUACCGCCACAGACUGUACUCGUUCCUCCAACCGCCUAUCUAUCUGCACAGAGAGGUUCGAUCAGUGAACCUAUAGAUUUAACAGCUUCUACCCCCAGGUCAGAAGGUGUGACACCCGCUGCGUUACCAAACAUACCUCUACCUGCUCCACCCGUUGAAACCAGUCAGCAUCCUUUGUCUCAGGUCACUUCGGCCAGGACCGACAAAGUUUCCACACCAAUAUCCUCCCCUCCGGGUCUUGGACCUCGGAGUAGACGUUUACCUGAUCCUUUUACCCCUGAGUCACUCGGUGCAGGACCUUCAAGCGUGCUACCUACAGCCAACACCUCUCCUCUAUGUCCCGGUUCAACCCCAUCUCUACCUUCCUACGCAUACACACCAGCUGCGCACUCCUUACCUGCUCAAACGCCUCUAGCAAGGAUGUUACUGAAUCUGCCUCCAUUACCCAAUCCCACUAAUAGGGUGAUACAUGGACCGUGGAAGCCCUCUGAGGUGGAACGUCUGAGAACAUUGGUGGCGUUCUCGCAGGAUGUGGAGGAUAAUGCUCCAAUCGAUCAUACCGAUUGGUCAUGGGUGGUAGAUAAUUUUGGAGGGACGAGGAAUAGGCAUCAGGUGUUGAUCAAGGCUGUUGAGCUGGGUCUGAGGGAAACAUCGACACAUCACAGUCGACGGAUCAAGCAGAAAGGAUAUCGAGGUGCUCUAGCAGCAAUGGAGACAGAGUUGACUACCACGACUUCGAAACCACUUCAGAGUCCUAUACCACCUCUGCUACCUUCCGCUCCAAUCACCCCUCGUCCUCCACGACCAGGUGCCACGCCCCGAAGGCAUAGUGAGGUUGUCGAUCAAACCAUAUCAACCAAGAUUGGCGGAGAUGCAGGUAAAUUGGUGAAAACACCUUUGAUGCUGGGUGAGAGCGGUAGAAGGGAAAGCGAUACGAGUGUGUUAUUUGAGCCGUUUGACACGGCCAAAACACCUUCAAGAGACCUGUCACUCCCUCCGCCAGGAACGACAAAGCCAUUACCUCGAGCUUUGGACUUGUCCUUUUCACCUUCAAAAGAACGAGAGAGAGAAUCAUCUACUUCCUCCAUUCGUCCAGAUACUUCACCGAUCCGCCGCAGUACUGGUCCUGGUUUCUCUCCAUACACCCCCAGAUCGAGGAUAAGUACCAUGGCUUUCAAACCUUAUGCUCAUCCUCCGUCUGCUCCUCCCAGACCCACUGCGGAUACCCAUGGGCAUGGGAGAACAUUGAGUGGAUGGAGGUUAGUGAACAUGGCUGGAAGCAAUGAUGGAAGAGCCAGUGUGAUUAGUCCGACUUUUGGUGGAUUCGCGUUGACGGGAUACCAGCUUGCUCCGGCGCCUUUGUUCGGGGAACCGGAGAAGAGGGUUGGAAAUGAUGAAUCCGAAGGAAAGGGAAAGUAA